AGGCGGGUAAACGUAAACAGUGACCAUCACACGCCACUGUUUGCUAACUUUAUAGACCAUUUCUGCUGCGUAUAUAUAAGAUGUAACAUUGCAGACCGAGUCUGUAUCUGCUUAGCAUUGUUAUUGUGCAUAUUUCAACAUUUCUACAUUACCACUUUGGUAUAUUUUGAUAGCUAACCAGCUUAGCGUUAGCUACCUUGGUUAGCUAAUCGGAAGCGAAUGUUAGCAAAAACAGCCCGAUAACGUAUCUAACUGCUGUAUCUAACCACCGCCUCCCGAUGCACCUCGAUGGAAGACUACGACGAGUUUGUGCAGCAUCGUCUCAUCCAGCUGAGGAAGAGAGAGGAGUAUGAUGAAGAAGAACACCACAGAUCUUCAACUACGACCUCUCUCAUCCGAAUCUAUGGACGACCCAUUCUUCCUCCUCUGCUCUCAGCAGAGCAGAGGGAGGAGAUGCAGCGACACAGAGAUGCAGCACAGACAGCUGCUGGCCAAAGGAAGCUGAAGGAUGAUCCCAGAAUGGCCUAUGUUCAAACUAUUCUGCACAGUGUUCAGCUAAGGAAGUUACCAACACUGGAGGAGUUGCUUCAGGAGCCAGAUACUAACACAGAAUCUCUAUAUUGCCUGAACACAAGUGGUGGAUCAGAGUCAAACUGUCAUUUUUUAAUAGAAACAAAGGAUGAUCUGUCAUUCUCACCAUCCACUGUGAAGACAGGAGAAGAUGAGUCUUCUCUUCCUUCAGUGACAUCAGCGAUGUCUAGUGCCUUUUUUAGUCCUGAUGUGACACCUCAGCAAAGUUACUCUGAAGGCUGCCUUCUUAACCAACAUGACAGCCAACGAGGAGCACAGCCAAUUCCUCGGGUUUUCCCCGAUGGUGCAGUCCACCAGUCACUAUCCUCUGGUUACAUGACUUGUGAGAAUGUUGACAACACCAUCUGUGUUUCUGAAGUGAUUGACGCAGGUAGUGAGAGUUGUGGCUCAGAGGAUGUUUACAGUAUAGAAAGCUUCUUCCUUCACAGCACCUCAAACACAAUCACCAAGAUGCCAGAAAUUAUCAGCCACUCACCAGUAGAUGGAGAGGAAUUAGAGAACAGUGGACUGGAGUCAUCCUAUUGUAAUAACUUUAUAACAGUAAAAGACAUUCGUUGCACCUCAUUCCACGAGGAUUCAUUUAUAGGUGAGCAAUUAACAUCAGACAAAUGUGAAAACAGUUAUGUGGAGAAGUCACUUAGAGGAGAUAGCUAUCAGUCUGCUGCACUACUCGACCUUGACAAAGAUCACAUUUCGGACAGAAGUAAAGACCCAGUCUCAUCGCCAGAGAACAGUGACUUUUCAGUUAACCCAGAGUUAUCGGAGACAUUAAGCUCCCAUCAGGAUCCAACAACACAUCUAUGUAGUCAGCACGAACCCACAGAUAAAGAACCAGUAGACAACCGUGAAGAUGAAGCAGAGCCAUCUGAGGAGCCAUAUCGUCUGAGUCUCCAGGCUCUGCUGAAGAAAUCUCAGGAGUAUCGGCGGCGUCAGCGAAUGCUUAGGAACCAAGCCAAAAACACUAAACUUCAGGAAAGGACUCCACAGCCAAAAACAAGGCCAGAAGAGCAAAAUCUCUCAGAUAAGGAGAAUGACGAGUCCCCUUACGAGACUGCAGAGGAGAAGAAAACUAAGGAGAAGAGACACGCGUUUAUUCCAACAAUGGAAAUGUCAUUGAAGAAAUCCUGGGAAAAUGAAAGACUGAUUGAAACUGAGCACAUUAGAGAAAAGAUCAAUGGUAAAUCUGAAAGCAGUCAUUUAAAGGAAGACAUGAAUUCCAAGGAAAUUACUAAAAGUGAGGAACAAACAACUAUUGAGAAUAACAAGCUAAACAGUUCACCAGAGGUCAUAAUUAAAUCUAAUAAAAUCACUGCCUUAAUUGAUCAACAGUCUGUGUCAACAGAAGCCUCCACAGAGCAGGAAGCCUUUCACAUGACCACUGAGCAGAGUAACACCAGUCCCAAAGGUGUUUUUCAGAAAGUAAGAAAAUGUUACACUAUCCCAGCACUUAAUGUCUGUAUGAGUCCUGUCCAUGCCAAAAGCAAAGGUAGUGUUAGAGUUGAAGACCAAGGUGGCGGAGUGCAGACCUCAAAGGAGAAAGCUGUGCUCUCUGCUGGUGUGAAAGAAGACCACAGUACUGAAGAGGAAAGCAACCAAAGAUAUCACAGCAGUCACAGAGAAGUGCCUUCCACUUUGAAUGUGAUAGUUCAAGGUGACGUAAGGAGCGUUUUAUCCAAGAGUUCAGUGCACAUAGAUCAGCUUGAGUCAAACCUGUCCAGUCUGAAAGUAAUGUUCUCAGAUCUGGAGUCCACUAUGAAAGAAAACUUUGACAAGCACAUCCAGACUGAGAGCAACCCGCAAAGUGAGUUCAAUUCAGACGCUGCCGAGCACUCUAAGCAAAGUGAAGAUGAUGUUGAAAUGCAGCUGAGGCAAAAUAGAUGUGACCUUUUGGAGGACAAGCUGGGGAAUGACACUGUGGAGAGCAGUGGUGCUAAAUAUAUGGAACACAUGCAAAGAAGACAAUCACUUGACAAUAGCAAAAACAUGCAUGAAGAUAAAGGAUCUGAAGUAAACUUAAGUGAUUUAGAGGAUGUCCCUGCCGUCAUACAGGCGGAAAAAAAAGAGGCAGUUAAUUUAAGAGAGAUCAGGCUAGUCAAAACCUUAGCCGUAGAGAGAUUAAAGGAAAAAGGUAAAGAAGGACUUACAAAGUGUCAAGGGCUUCAUGGCAGCUGUCGGAAGCAGCAACCACCAGCUAAAUGUAUCCUGUCUGCUGCACAGUGGCUGCGGAUUCCUGAUGCGUUCAGAACUACUCCACCUGAAAUUGUGGUUCCAUGCAAAGACACAGUGCUGUCAGAUACCAGUAACCAUGAGGUGGAAAGGAGGAAUGAAAUGGUGGUUAAAGGGCACAACUCUGCUCACUCACUGUCUCUCAACAAGUCGUUUGAUGUGGACACUCCUUCUGGCCUGUGGCUUCUUGAAGGCUUGGGGUCUGACUUGGACUCAAGAGAAAAUCUUGUACACGAGAAGCACCUGCUGACGCCAGAGAGUGGGGGUGAAGGGCAAGAUGGGAUAUCCAAGGUCAAACGGAGACUGCUCAUGCACACGACAGGGGAGACCACAGAAAAGAGUCCAGAUACCAGCAGAGGAGCAGGUCUUGUGGUCAGACCCUGCUCAAGCACUCCCAAAGCUACUGUGCGGCAUUACGAUGGCCAUGGCAGUCAAGGGAACAAGGAGGAGCAAUUGAAACAAGCCCAUGCUGCUCAGAUCAGAGCCCUGCAAGAUGAGCACAGGAGACAACAAGAAGAACUACUUCAGGCUUUAGCAGCACGUUACCAUCUCCUCCAGAGUGUGUCCCUCCCCUGCUCCAUGUCCACCUCACGUCUCGGGGACACACUGACCUUUUCUUCCCUCUCUCAGCCCUCCAGCCCAAUCCCAGAGCACUGUCGCCCCCUACUGUUGGCAGCCGUAAAGGGUUUUCUAACUCGCCGGCUUCUGAGGACGGAGAGAGUGGUACAACUGGUGCGCACCAUCAGAGACACACAGCAGUUCCUGUGUGCCCUGCAGUUGCAGAGCUCCAGCCGAGCAGAGCUCAGGAGCAGACAGGACCUCUUACUGCAGGAGAGAGUUUUUCUGCAGCUGCGCGCUGCACGUUAUGACUUUUACGACAUUUUCUUCAGCCUGUCGGCUGCAGAGAGGAUGCAGCUCAUCAACUGGGACAGAGACCUUGCCCAGGAGAGAGAACACAGACGACUUCAGAGUGGACAUCCUCAGGAAAAACGUUGCCUGUCAGCUGCAACACGAAAAUCACUGGAGAGGAAGAAAACCAUCACGAAACAGCGAGUGGCAGCAGAAAGAGACUGUGAGGUUGUGGCGAAGAAUGUACGAAAGACUGGAUUAUCUGGCAGGCAGCCGCUGGAAACCAAACAAGGACAGUUCAGAGCAAAUCCUCUGAGGGUCCGCAGGAGCACUAACUCCACCAGACCCCGAUGACACUUUCCUAAUUGGCCCCAGUGAGGACUCAUAAUAAGGCCUCUUGCGAUUUCAUGGCUAUUGUAGAACUAAUCUUCUGAGAAUUUUCAAACCCCCAAAUCCAAAUGGGACACAAAGUGAUGCCUGUUGCUGACUAACACAUUUUUUUGUUUCAUAUUUGUAGUGCUGGGCAACGUGUUUUUCAUUCUUUUCUGCCAGGAUAUAAUAUUAUUAAGACGACACUUGCACUUACUCCAGAGUAGUUUCACAUUGAUUGGACACUUUGAGGUGAGGGUAAAAUAUCACUGCAGCCGCUCAGUCUGCAACAGAAGUCCUUAACCAGUCCUUGCUGUCGUCACUGUGCUGAUGUUGAGGAUGUUAGUAAGGAAAGUGUUUGGUUUGCAAAACCACAAGCUCUGUGCACUGCACCUGAAGGGUCAUGCAUUAAGUGUUUGGUUUUUUUCACAGCAGAAAACGGACUGUAAUGAAUAAUGUCCAUGAUGGCUCCAUUCCAUUAUGCCAGUGAUUCCCAACCAGGGGAUUGUAGAUGUAUAGAAGAUGAUAUAAGUAUAACACUAUAUUUUAAAAUAUCUCUGUAGUGUUGUCAUACUUUGUACUCUUUAAUAUUGUUAUGAAAAAAGUGUACAUUUAUUUUUGAGAAAUGGGAUUUUUGCACAGAAUUAAUUUUGACAUGUUUUAGCAAGAAAAGCUAUACUGAGCAGGACAGUGUAAAAGUGAACCAUGCAGCAUGCACCCUGAAACUUAGGGAAGCUAAAUGGAACUUGGCUGUCAUUAAUUUGAUUAUUUAUAUCUGUGAUAUUCUCCUACUGUGACCUGUCAAAAUUGCUGAUGCACAAAGGUCGCAGUAAUCGCCUAAAUGGAGUGCAGCCAUGAUUACGAUUAUUUAUUACACCUGUGCUGGUGCCACCACAGUAUGUCAAACUCUUAAUUGUAAAUAAUCCUAAGUGCAUUUCUGUUUUUUUCCCCUACUCUGUCUAUGUUGAAUCCUCACUAUCAGGGCAGGACAUGACCAUAUUUAGGUGCCUGGUUAAAACAAACAGAGACAGUAAAGUUGACAGCGUUUUUGCUCAUACGCAGAUCCCAGCACUAGAUAAUACUUCAACAGCGUGUUCUAACUGUUGAAUUAAAUGUUUAUUUUAGAAUACUGGAAUUAUAUGUCAGCCAAAACAUAUGUAAUCCUUGUUUUUCUAUGGUUUGAUGGAUUGCUGUUAUUUACUAUUUAUUUGUAUGCGUUUGACAAUAAAUACUUUUUAAGUUUUAA